GCCAUAGGAGCAUGGAGCUGAUAGCCACGCCAAAUGUCGAUCUGACAAGUAACCCCAUGUCCAUGAGACUUGACCAAACAUUGGAAGAAAGCCUACGAGAUGACCUGAGAUAUUACUUCAUGAGUCCCUGUGAGAAAUACAGAGCACGGCGACAGCUACCAUGGAAACUGACAGUACAGAUUUUAAAAAUAGUCAUGAUUACAACUCAGCUUAUUCUCUUUGGGCUUAAUAACCAGCUUGUAGUGACCUACAAAGAAGAGAACUUGAUGGCCUUCAAAAAUUUGUUCUUAAAAAGCUACAGUGGUGUGGAAGAGGAUGACUAUAGUGUCGCUGUCUAUACUAAAGAGAAUGUCUUUGACCAUCUAUACUAUAUCAUAGAUCAGUACUCUCAGUUAGACCAGCUGUCUGUGAGCUCUGUCAACUAUGCCGAGGAGGAUGGAAAGUUACUUCCUUUGGUCAUCUGUAAAAAGUACUACAGACAGGGCCAUGCGGAGCAUUCUGAAGGAACUUAUGAUAUAGAUGCACAAACUGAGUCAGCUUGCCUAACUUUGGAUCCCAGAUCUGCUCCAAAAUGGAGGACUAACAAUGCCUCUUUUUUUGAAAUUGACUUUUACAGACUUAUCACUAUUGAAAUCUCAUUCUGGGUUAAAGGAAUCAACCUGCAAACUGUCCUUUCACAUGAGUUGCCUGAUUGUUAUACUUUUGCUGUUUCGAUUACAUUUGACAAUCAGUGCCAUAGUGGGAAAGUGAAAAUUACCCUUGAUAUUGAUGCUGUUAGCAGUGCAUGCAAAAACUGGAAGAUUUCAGGAACUGCUCAGAAGAACACUCACUAUCUUCUAAUUUUUGAUGCUGCUGUUAUCCUAAUGUGUUUGAUCUCUUCUGUGCUUUGCAUUCGCUCUAUUUGUCUUGCGAUUAGAUUACUUCAGAGAUUUUCCAAGUUCUGUGUUUGGAAGUACAAUCAUAAAGUCUGUGAGGAGGACCAACGAAAAUUUUUAAAUGGCUGGUACAUCUUGGUAAUUAUCAGUGAUGUUAUGGCAAUCAUAGGGUCAAUACUGAAGAUGCAAAUUCAAGCAAAGAGCCUGACAAGCUAUGAUGUGUGUAGCAUCUUUUUAGGAACAUCCACACUCAUGGUCUGGGUUGGCGUCAUCAGAUAUUUAGGUUACUUCCAGAAGUAUAAUGUUCUUAUCCUGACUAUGCAGGCAGCCCUUCCCAAUGUUCUCCGCUUCUGCUGCUGUGCAGGAAUGAUUUAUUUGGGCUACACGUUCUGUGGGUGGAUCGUUUUAGGGCCAUAUCAUGAAAAGUUUGAGGGUCUGAGUCGCGUGGCCGAAUGUCUCUUCUCCCUGGUGAAUGGGGACGACAUGUUCCCGACGUUUGCUGAGUUCCAACAGAAGAACACCGUAGUGUGGCUGUUCAGCAGGGUCUACCUCUACUCUUUUAUCUCUCUCUUCAUAUACAUGGUGCUCAGCCUUUUCAUAGCUCUCAUCACAGAUGCUUAUGAGAGCAUCAAGCGCUACCAGAAAAACGGGUUUCCCAUGACAGAGCUGCAGCUGUUCCUGAGUGUGAAGAAGGAGUUCCCAGAGGGGGAGGAUGUAAAGAAUGGAGAGGAAGGAAGCACCAAUAGCUUCUCCUCCUUCACUAUGCUGUGUGGCUGCAGAAGAUAUUCCAAUGAUGAUUGCACCAUUCUCAUGAGCUGAUAGAGACCAUCUCAGAAUAGAGAACAACUGAUGUCUUCAGUGGCAAAAUCUGUGAUUGUGGACUCUUUUGCAUUUUAAAAUCCUCAUUUGACAAAGGAAGAUGAUCUCUAACAUCCAUGAAAAGGAUUAGACUAUAAUUAAGGCUCAGGAGUAAGAAGAUUUGCUGGGAAAUUUAUCUUAAAAAGCAGUAAACUGCUAAAUUGAUUUCAAGGAAAUGGCCCCCAUGCAAUGCAUGAACCAUUACCCAGUAGGUAAACAUUGUUAAGAAAAUUCAGUAAGUUUCAAGAUCUUAUCUUGAUGUUCACAAAAUGAGACUCUGGGUGUUUAAUAUGAAGUAACUCUUGCUCUCUUUUAUUCAUUUAUUUAUAUAGAAAAACACAGUUGAUGUGUGUCUAC